AUGGCGGAGGUGCGUGGUGUCUCGGCUCUGCAGAGUGAGAUUGCAAAAGCACGGGAAAAUUUAAAAGGUGUAGAUGAACAUAUCAAGAAAUUGACUGGAAGAGAUCCAACAGAAAGAAGACAAUUCCCUGGGCCUCGAAGACGUGUGGUAUCAGCAUCUGGUGAACUUAGGGGUAAUGAGCGAAUUUUUAACCAAGCCAGGAGAGAAAUUGAAACUUAUGUUCCUCCAGUCAAACGAAGAGUAGUUGGAACUGCAUUUUCAAGGCUAGGACCCCCUCGUUUGGCUGGACGAGACAGAGUGAAGGCUGACAGUGGUGAUGAAGAGGACAUGCCCAACAAGCCAGUUGUUCAGUCUUCGGUGGUGAAUGUAAUUGCCUCUAAGACACCUAGAUCUAGGAAAGAGAGCAUUGAUGGCCAAAGUGCAGACAGAAAAGGCACUGCCAGAAACAAGAGAAUGUUUGGAUUGCUUCUUGGGACCUUACAGAAAUUUAAGACAGAAGCCAAGGAAACUGAAGAUAGGGAAACACAUAGGAAAGAAAUUGAAAAGAAACUAGAAGAAAAGUUUAAACAAGAGAAAGAAGAAAUCAUUAAGGAGAGAAGACAACUGUUUGAGGAGAGAAAACACCAGCAAGCUAAAAUCCAGAGACUGGAGCAGAAAAUGGAGCUUGUUGAUAUGCAUGAAGAGUCCGAGAAAGAAGUUAAAAAGUUGGUCAACUUCCUCCGCACCAAAGCUAAGCCACACAUUUACUACAUGCCAAAAAUCAUGAAUGAAACCCUGUCCUCAAAAUUGGAAGAUUCUAAGAAAGCAGUAGAAGAAAUGAUAAAGGAGAGAAAGAAGAGACUGGAAGAAGAGAUUGAGAGGUUGAUGGCAGAAGACAUUCCUGAUGAUCAUGAACACCAGAGUGAUGAGGAGGAAGAAACAAAGGAGAAAACAGAUAAAGAAAACAGGGAGAAUCUUAGACGCAGGAGUCACUCUGGUCACAAGGACCGGAGCAGUGAUCCAAGUCCCAGAAAAGGCUUGGAAUCAUCCAAAAGGGGGUCUCCUAGAAAGGGUGGGGACAGUAGUGAGGGUAGGAGAAAAAGUCAUGAGGGGGAGUCUCGUAGAAGAGACUCUCAUGAGGGAGUUAGGAAGCGACGAAAGUCAUCCACUGAUAGACAUGAGGGGUCCAGUAAGUAUCGGAGAAAGAGUGAUGGGGAGGGGGGUCAUGAUAGACGCAGCAGACGGGACAGUCAUAGAUCAAGGAAAGAUGAUGUUCCUAGAGAAGUGAAGAUUAAUUAUGAUGAUCCUGAAAUGGAGGAAACGGAAGAAGUGACCACUAAAGGUGAGUCGGAGGUCAAACCUCCCGAGCCGAAAAAGGAGGAUGUUAAAUCAACUAGCGUGGCAGACAUCCAGCUGCCAGAGUCCAGAACUGAGUCAGAUGAAAGGAAAAUAGUAAUGGCUGAAGAUGCAGAGGAGGGAGAGGAAGGGAUGUCAAUGGAUGCCGUGGAUGAGUGAGGUGUAAGGGUUUACUGAAUGAAUGUAAUGUUCUUUUUGAUGAGUCAUAGUACAUUUGAAAAGGUAAGUAUAGCUUGUGUAUGUGGUCUGUAAGGGAAUGAAGUAGAGAGAGAGAAAUUCCUGUGAAUCAUUCUAUGAGUGGAUAACAGCCAAACGACCAACUGUGAAUUCUGGUAAUUUUGAUCGGACUUCAUCAAGGAAUCAAUCAUAUAAAUGACGUAAUGAAAAUGGAGUUUGCUUUCCAGAAAAUUACUUGUAUAAUCAAAAUGUGUACUAUGAAAACUUCUGGGGAAAAAGACAAAUUGUAAAUAAACAUGGAAUUGCAUUUUUGUAUUAAAAUAAUGGCAAUACACUAAUAGUUGUUUCAGAACUUGCCUACAUGUAUAGGCUGUUGUGAUUUUGAACUUACAUUUUAACCAAGUAGAAUUCCAUUUUGAUGUUCAAGUUUAUUUUAUUUAAGAAAAAGAUUUACAAUAAACUUGAAAAUAUUA